UGCACUGAUUGUAAAUAGAAUCGAGCCACAUCCGCAUACUCGACUUUCGGUCUCUGAGCUACCGGCUUCCAGAAUAUCGUCACCGACCCAGGGUUACAUCUCCAUCGUCACUAACCGCUUCAUCGAACCGAUCCACGUUCAGGCGCUCCCCCAAGAGCACCAGCACCUUCUUAAAGCAAAGCCUCAACAACACACCCCACCACAAACUAAAUAAACCCUCAAAAUGUCCCAAUUCUUCGGCCGCGGACAGAACCGCACAGUACCCAUCGCGAUCGCGGCCGGCCUCUUCGGCGGGCUGCUCUACUUCACCGGCGGCGGGACCAACCAGCCGCGGCCGCGGGCGGCGAACGACGCCAGGGGCCAGAUGGACGUCUCGGGGACGCUGCAGUCGAUGGCCGGCACGGGGGGCCAGACGGCGCGCAACGCCGAGCAGCAGGACCAGCUGAGCCAGUACGACCCCAAGGACACGCGCAUCCACAGCGCCGACCCGACGGCGCAGAGCAAGCGGAAUCCGCAGAAGGUCAAGAGCGACGACCUCGGCGGGAGCGUCAGCCAGUCCCAGGGGAAGCACAUCGGGGAUAAGGGCAAAGAUUCCGGGGAUUUGCCGUGGAAGGGGGUUGGACAGUGAAGAGAAAGGUUUCUGCGGUGAGGACACUAAGGGGAGGAGGGUCAGCGGAAGCGAUGUACAUGGUGCAUUACAUCACAUAAUUGCAUUUGGCAAUGGGCUGUAAAUUGUCAUCAAGGCGUUGGCGCUAUUCAUUAACAUGGCAUUUUCCGCUGCGGUAACUUACUGUUGAGCCUGUUAAGGUUUCAAGUUGCUGCGAGCGUACCGAUCUGAUUCACUCAUGCUCACUGGAAUUAGAAGAUAUCUGCAAACACCCCAGUGGUUCUCCUUGCCUUCCUUCGUUCCUUAUCAUGAUAAGAAGUUGGAAGGGAAAGGUGAGACAGCUUCUAUGGCCCUAAGGUGGUGGUGAUGUACAAG